GGCACCCGGAGGCUGUGGGACCCGGACUCCAGGGUGCACUCGAAGUUCGAGUCUACAUGCAGGUCUUGGGCCUUCGGGACAAGAACACCCAACACCUAUCUCCUUUUUUUUCCAAUAACAUUUAUCACCUUCACGUUUUAAUGCUCAACGUGUCAUAAUAUCCAUCAGAUUGAUAACAAUGUGUUUAAAGCCCCUGUGUUCUGUGUUCUGGGGGCGCAAAGGGACCUUUACCUGGUACACAGGGAACUUCACGGUUUAAUCUUGUCACAAGCAAAAGGGGAAAUUAAGUGCUCACAGUUCAAUUACUGAACACCAAGUAAGCAUGUGUCGUCAAACUGGAAAUACCUGUGUGUGUGUGUGUGUGUGUGUGUGAGAGGCCACAGUGUCCCUGAGACUCACUCAGAUAAAAUAACUCUUGGUGACCAAAUAGCGAGCGUGUCUGAAUCAUGUUAUCGGCUGCUUUGUGUGAACCAGGAAAGAGCUCACCUUUUGUCAUGCCUCUCCUUUGUUCCUCCAACCUCCUUUUGUCCCUGGCUGCUUGUUCGAUGGCCCCGAGUCAAGUUGGGUGAGCUGUUAGUGAGUCACAUGAGCCCUGCUGAUGGAGAGAGGUCAUCCUACUGUCCAGUGGUGCUGAUUGGAGAUUCAGGUGUCGGGAAGAGCAACCUGCUGUCCCGCUUCACCCGAAAUGAGUUCAACUUGGAGAGCAAGAGCACCAUCGGGGUGGAGUUUGCCACGCGCAGCAUCCAGGUGGAGGGCAAGACCGUCAAGGCUCAGAUCUGGGACACGGCCGGCCAGGAGCGCUACCGAGCCAUCACUUCUGCCUACUACCGCGGAGCAGUCGGAGCGCUCUUGGUUUACGACAUCGCCAAACACCUGACGUACGAAAAUGCCGAGCGCUGGCUGAAGGAGCUGCAGGACCACGCAGACAGCAACAUAGUCAUCAUGCUGGUGGGCAACAAAAGUGAUCUACGUCACCUGAGGGCGGUGCCAACAGAUGAGGCCAAGGCCUUGGCAGAGAAGCACGGCUUGUCUUUCCUGGAGACGUCGGCGUUAGACUCCUCUAAUGUGGAGCUGGCUUUCCAGACUAUUCUUACAGCCAUCUACAACAUCGUGUCUCAGAGGCAGAUGUCAGGGCGAAGUGACUCCGACUUCUCACCGGCUUCCAACGUCGUGCCCAUCACGGUUGAGCCCACCCAAAACUCAUCCAAUAAGGGCGUCUGCUGCCAGAACAACUGAGGCCUCACCACUGACCUCCUCCUUCACCUCCAGGCCGUUGGAGAAACAACCAGAUAGAGCACAGACAGACAGGUGGACAGGGAGAAUGGAGAGACAGGUAGAGAUUACCAUUUCACAAGCGAGGACAUUGGAGUUGUCGUGUGUCUUGUUAAGACACCGUGAUGCAGAGAAGGAGGGAUGGUAAAGGAGCGUAGACGGGGUUGUGGUGCAGGAGGAUGAGUAUCGAUGCAUUAACCCUUUGAAGGAGGUACAUGAUCACAACUGAUUCACAGUCUAAUGAAAAAUUUAACACAUGAGGUCCCUUUUUGUAUCAUCACAAUUUCUGUCUUUCCAAACUCCCUUUUUGAAAGCUCUCUUUUAAAAGCCAGUAAAUGCUUUAUCUCACUUUCCCACGCCAGUAUAUUGGGCAAUAGAAAUCCACAAAGACUGAACUGCAGUCAUUCCCAUUUUCCUUAAAUGUAGAAUAUCGAGAAAAAUAAUGUCCCUUACAAUAUUUAUUGAACACUAGAUUGAGGUCUUCUCUGGCCAAACGGGGUUGCGGUUGAACACGUUGGUUUAGGGGCCUCCUUCUUUUGGGUGCCCACAUUCGUGUUUGAAGGAGCUUGGAAGGGGCAGCUCGCCCUCACUCAGGAACAAGGGCUUCGAGGCGCUUGUUUUUCUUUCUUUCCUAAAUGCAAAUGCUGGAAUUUAGUCAGCGUCGGUUGAUUGAAGUUGUGUUCCACUCGGAGCAAUAACACCUCUACCAACAUGUCAUUUCUCUUUGAUUGCUUUUGCUUUGUUCGGAAGGCCUUCCUGCUCUCACUUUGAGUCACGCUCCUGCAGCUGCCCGGCUCACUGUAGAGUUACUGUCGGGGUUAACCCGAUGGCCGCCUCACCCCUCAACCUGUGGGAGAGAUCAGGGAAUUGGUUUGAAUGCACGGACAACCUGUGCUGGGAUAAAUGGAUGGGUAAUGUUUCCGGGGAUGAGUUAGUGAGGGCACUCUGUGGUCUCUGAUGUACCCGGCUUGUUUUACUGUAAGUGAAAUCCUCCACUGCUACCUCCUCCUCUGUCUCCACUGUAACUGGAACAGGACUCUGCCUUCUGGGAUCUCCCUGAGGUCGGCCCUCGCUCUCACUGGUCUGUUUCCUGUGGGGGGGGCGGGGGCUGUCUACGGGGGCCAGGAUUGGGUUUGUUAGUAUCUAAUAGUUUAAUAGAUGGAGGAAAAGGAGAAAGGAUGCGAGUGUUAGGCGUGGCUUAAUUAAAUCCAAAGGUUAUGCACACAGAUGGUGUUUAUCCUGGUUGUUUCCAUCAACACGGACUUCUGUUGGCUUCACAGGUCUUAAACUGGGUGGUGUAGGGUAGGGCUUUUUAAACAUUUAUUCUAAUAUAUGUAUAUUUGGACUGCAUAUGUAUAAAUAAAUCUCAUUUGUUAUAGCUUG